AUGCCUCCUCUGUCGGCCUACACUCCGUUUGAGUCGCUCCUUUUCUUUCAGUCCCUCGCCGCCCUAGAUAGCCGCCCCACCAGUUUCGUUUCCAUCUCCGAUGUAUUGCGCAACAACCCGUUUAUCCGUCAGAAUGGUACCUUCGAUGCGGGGCGGCUUGCCCCGGAGGCUCUCGAGGAAUUGUAUACGACCUUGAUGCGGGAUGGUGAAACUUCCGCUGACAUCAUCUCCUCCCUCGAACCCAACGGCCAUCAUGUGGAAAGCAAUGGUACUAAUCCCAAGAAACGGAAGAUUACAAGUCCGCGGCCGGAUGGGUUGGUCGAUAAGGGAAUGAGCCAUGCUGCGAUCAUACCGGACCUGGUUUCUCACCUGUAUGCCCGAUACAAAGAACUUGUUACCAGGGAAAUCAGGAAUGAGGAGGCGAGGUAUAAAGAGAUCAAAGAUGAGAUCGAACGACUACAGAAGGAGGAGCGCGAAACACCCAAAGAGUCUGUGCCUACGCCAGUUAUCCAAAAACCUACCCCACAAGCGCCCGAACCGAAACUCGAGCCUGAACCAGAGCCGAUGGAUGUGGACGCCAAGGAGGAGAGGCCCGCUCAAAUACAACCCAAGGAUGCGAAUAAGCCUUCUAUAGAACUAGUGCCCGGAAAUGAUACCAAGCAAUACCGAGUAGAACUUCAAAGCAAAGAGGAGGACAUCGCGAAACAACCCCCGGUGUCAACGCCGCAUCCAGCACCAGUGGAGGAGCAACGUGUUCCUGUCCAACCAGUUGUACCACCGCAGGGGAGACCGGUGUCCACGCAAGUCCAGUCGCAAUUACCGCCGCCGCGACCAUCGCAGCAACAGCCCGCAUGUCGCCAGCUCAUGCCCCAAACAACUCCCAAACCACCUCAACCACAGGCCCUCAAUGGAAAGCCAGCCGCAACACCCAAACAACCUCCCCUGGCACCCCGGGAUACUCCUGUCAACCAAACACCAACAAAUAUUCUUGCAGUACAGAAACCUAUGCCCCCGUCCGCUACCCCAGUUCCGGGCAUUGGCUCUGUACCCUCUCCGCCAGCAACUUCCUCGCAAGCCCCACAAAAUACAAAUGCCCCAGCUGUUUCUCCCGCCCAUCAGAAACCAAUCUCCACCGCCAAACCAGCUGGCAAAGAAGGUCCGCCAAAGACUCCAGCCACUACGGCUCCUCGGCCUCCACCUCAACCGAGUUUCCAGCAGUGGUCGUUGAACCCACCCCCUCAGACCCCACGACCCGCUUCUUCACAGCCGAUUCCAGAGCCUUCUGGUCAGACCACUACAGGGAGACCCUUCCCCUCGCAUCCGCCUCAACCAUUACCGGAACCAGAAACAAAAGCGGCGUACCAGACGCCUCAACCAACAACCGUACCAUCCACUCCGCAGCCUAUUUCUACCGUGGCGCAAUCGCCAGCGCCUAGCGGUUAUGGCACUGGCUAUGAGACGCCAGCUGGUGCUGCACAAGCUUUGUUUUACUCGGAGACCAGGAGUGCGCGUCCCCGUCUAACAAUCGCCACUCCCGGCAAUCUUACCCCUUGGAAGAAGACUCCUCGACUGAGCAUACCAGUGUCUCCUCGUUCGCCAGAACGGCCGCGACGGGAGGAUGUAAGUCCCAUUAGCGAGAAGGCCCCUUCAUUAAUGGGGUCUCGCGAAGCGACGCCCGAAGAACCUGUGCCUCCACCUCGGAAGCGUGGACGAAAUGAAGGAAAGGGCUCUGGGCGAGGCAGGGAAUCGGAACUGGCAGGGGCUGAGGUGGAUGGCAAGGGAGGGCUGAAGCCGAAGGUAGAGAAGCAGACCGGCAAGGGCCGCGAUAGAAGUGCAACUUCGUCUAGAAGUCGGGGGCGUUCUGUUUUGUCCCGCGAUGAGGAGUCCGAAUCUGUAUACCCGGGAAAGAUUAAGCAUGAGAUGCCCAGCACGCCAGCUGGAAUCUCGGAGGCUGCUGAGCCCGAACCCCGUCCUUCUAGUGGCCGCAAAGGUACCGCUGCUUCAGAGGACCGCCCGGGUCGAGGCAGACCGAAACGUAAGCGCGGUGCCAGUGAAGCGUUGGAAGCAGAAGCCCUGCCUCCGGAGAUCAACCACAUCAGCCGCAUUGACCCGAAUCAAUCGACAUCUUAUGUUCUCUGCGCUCGUAACUUCCCUAGAACGGGUGCUCCGAUCAUGAAUGAUGUGACUACUCAUAAACACGCAUCAAUCUUCACCAAGCCGUUGACCGAACGCGAUGCCCCGGGGUAUCGAGAUCUCAUCUACCGACCACAGGAUCUGAAGUCCAUCAAAUCAUCCAUUCAUCAAGGCAGCAAAGCCGUGGCUGCUGCUACAGAAGCCGCAAACACGCCCGCCGCAGAUGGUGAAUCCCCGGCCCCGAAUGGCGGAACACCAUCGAAGAAUGCAGUUCUCAUGCUGCAGAAGACCGAGGACGUUAUUCCUCCCAAAGGAAUAGUCAACUCGGCACAGCUGGAGAAAGAAUUGAUCCGUAUGUUCACCAAUGCUGUCAUGUUCAAUCCCCUCCCUCAGCGCGGAUUCGGACCCGCCUUUCCGAUGACUAGCGACAGCGGGUCGAGAGAGAGCACCCAGGUUCCGGAGUUAGACGAAGGAGGUAUCAUCAACGACACGAUAGAAAUGUUUGAAGAUGUUGAACAGGCAGUCACGCGAUGGCGCGCGGCCGAACGAACUGCCGAUGAACUGGCGAGCAAGAGCAUUCUGUCGCUUCGCCGGGGAAGCGCAAGUGAUCUUAACACGGAUAGUGCCGACGAAGUUAAGGGAUGA